GUCGGGGAUUGUACCAGGACACCCCACAGCAACGGUCAAACAAGAAGGCACCCGUUUCUAGAGUUCGACUGGCGCAGUUUUCGUCAUCGAGGGUGAUCCAAAAGGAGGCAUGAGUCUCGAUCCCCUUGAGCGUGGCAAAGGAAGCGAGCGCAUGGAGGCUUCGCGCGGGUUGGAGAACCAUGGUAUCUCGUUGGGAUAAGAGAGGGCUUGGCUUGACUAAUGGCUGUAAACAGAGAAGGAUGCGAAGGAGACUGAAUGGGAGCUCUAUGUUGGAUGGAUACAUGUACUUGUCUCGCUCGAACAUCGAGUACAAGUACAAGCCCCCCACCACCCCUCACGCUAGCCAAUUCAUUGCGAUUGCCGUUUGUAGCUUCACCUCGCUCAAAUCAAGCACAGAAGUGCGAGAGGAUGAUGUUGAUGUUGUUUGCAGGGGAACACAGGAAGGAGGGUGUAGUUCUGUUGGAGCAAGAAUAUUGGAUGGGGACCGGUUGUUGGAGUACACGGUGCUAACCUUCUCGGCUGUAGGGAGCAUCACGAACAUAGGCUUUGCUACUACUCUUCCUUCCAACGACGCCUCUUUGUUUACCCUCCCGAGUACCCGUCACUCCGCACGUCCCCAGCCAUCGUCAUUUGUGGGCUUCGUCUCACUCAAAUCGAGCACGGGAGUGGCAGUGGAGGAUGUGCACGACUUUGCAGGGGAUGUGGGAAGGAGGCUUGUCGAGUGGUACGCGCGGAUGACCGAGUGCGGAUGCAACGCGGAGGGGGUGGUAAUCGGACCCCGCUCCCCGAGGUUCCAAAUAGACGAGCCCGUCACACUCACGACGUACCUCUUCAAGUUCAGAUUCCACAAGAAAGAGAUGAUUAUCUCGAGGCUUAGGAAGGCGGAGGUCAAAUGGGCGCAACGCAGCCUUGUCGCGUUCGUUUUGUUGUUGGUCGUUGGUGCUGGUGUUGGGUUGGGCGUGCGGGCCGUUACGAAGGACUAG